ACCUAUACUUGUAUGUAUAUCUAUCUCCACCAAGUAUGUAUAAAUGGCCUCUUUGCUCCCACCUUCCUCCUUGCUUCUCCAUUCAUGGCACACUACUGAAUCACCACCUCUCUCUCUCUCUCUCUAUAUAUAUAUAUAUAUAUAUCUGUAUUGGGCGUGGUGAGUGUGUGUGUUACUUAGGAUAGGAGGGUUUGAUCUUGAGUGAGGAUGGAGAGAGGUUCGGAGGUGGGCGGCGCUGCGGCGGCGUAUUUGGCGUGGGAGGAUUUAACGGCGGUGCUGCCGAAUUCCGGGGAAGGCCCGACAAGGAGGCUGAUAAAUGGGCUGACCGGAUACGCCCUCCCGGGUCGGAUCUUGGCUGUUAUGGGUCCUUCUGGCUCUGGCAAAUCCACUUUCUUGGAUUCUUUAGCAGGUAGGCUCUCUGGGAAUGUGGUCAUGUCUGGAAAUGUACUUCUCAAUGGCAAGAAAAUGAAGCUUCAAUACGGCGUCGUUGCUUAUGUGACUCAAGAAGAUGUGUUCUUGGGGACCCUAACGGUUAGGGAGACCAUAGCUUACUCGGCAAAGUUACGAUUUCCGAGCAAUGUGUCGACUGAGGAGGUGCAUUCGAUGAUCGAAAACACGCUAACUGAAAUGGGACUUCAAGAUUGCGCCGAUCAUUUGAUCGGCAAUUGGCAUUUGCGCGGCAUAAGCGGCGGCGAGAAGAAGCGAUUGAGCAUCGCAUUGGAGAUUAUAACGCAACCGUAUCUCUUGUUUCUUGACGAGCCGACUACAGGCCUCGACAGCGCCGCCGCAUUUUUCGUCGUUCAGGCGCUUAAAAACGUCGCGUGGAGCGGCAGGACCGUCGUCUCCUCCGUUCACCAGCCGAGCAGCGAGGUCUUUGCCCUGUUCGACGAUCUUUUGCUGCUGUCGAAUGGCGAGACGAUUUAUUUCGGCGAAGCCGAAAUGGCGGUCCAGUUCUUCGCUGAUGUUGGAUUCCCCUGUCCUAGCAAGCGGAAUCCGUCCGAUCAUUUUCUUCGAUGCGUAAACGCAGAUUUCGACGACGUACACAACACUUUGAUGGGCUCGCAACGAGUGCGAAACAUUACAGGUUCUUCGGAUUCGAGGAUGAGUUUGUCAACAUCUGAGAUCAGAGCUCGACUUCUUUACAAGUAUCAAAGCUCGAAAUUCGCUGCAAUGGGAAAGGCUAAGAUCAAAGAAUUCGCGACCAAUUCGAAGGGAGCACUUGUUUUUGAGGAGACUAGCGGCAGCCAGGCGACAUGGUGGAAGCAGUUUUCGACAUUAACGAAGCGAUCGUCGGUAAACAUGUCUAGGGACUUCGGUUAUUACUGGCUCCGAAUCCUAGUAUUCGCUCUCGUAGCAGUUUGCGUUGGCUCCGUUUUCCACGACGUCGGUUCCAAUUACCACGCAAUUCUAGCGCGAGGAGCCUGCGGCGGAUUCAUAUCCGGGUUCAUGACAUUCAUGACGAUCGGAGGCUUUCCGUCUUUCAUCGAAGAAAUGAAGGUGUUUUACAGAGAAAGGCUCAACGGGCAUUACGGUGUCGCGGUGUUUAUUACAUCGAACUUCGUCUCUUCUUUCCCUUUCUUGGUUGUAAUGUCGUUUAGCUCCGCGUCGAUCAUAUAUUUCAUGGUCAAGUAUCACUCCGGCUUCUCGCACUACAUGUUUGCCGUCCUCGACCUUUUCCUCUCCAUAUCUGUAGUCGAGAGUUGCAUGAUGGUCGUGGCUGCGCUUGUCCCCAAUUUCUUGAUGGGCGUCAUAAUCGGGGCCGGUUUCAUCGGAAUCAUGAUGGCGUCAUCGGGCUUCUUCCGGCUCCUUCCGGAUCUUCCCGAUGUAUUUUGGAGGUACCCGGUGUCGUACGUUAACUACAUGGGCUGGGCCUUACAGGGCGCGUACAAAAACGACAUGAUCGGGAUAGAGUUCGACCCGCCCGACCCGGGGAAUCCGAAGCUAAAGGGAGAAGUGGUCCUCGCGACUAUUCUAGGCAUCGACCCGAGCCGCUCAAAAUGGUUGGACUUGGCCGUGGUCGCGGCCAUUCUCGUGGCAUAUAGAAUUCUAUUUUUUUCGAUACUCAAGUUCAAAGAGAGGGCUCUUCCGAUAUAUCGACGGUAUUACACGAAGCGGACGCUCCGGAAUCUCCGGGAGCGGCCGUCGUUCCGGCGGGCAGCGGCGGCGGCGCUGCCGUAUAGUUCGAAGAGACAUCAUUAUUCCUUGUCUUCACAAGAGGGUCUCAACUCCCCAUUACAUUGACGACAACAAAAAUGACUUGUUUUUUUUGUUUUUUUUAUGUGUUUGAUUUGGACAAUAGUUGGUUGGCACUUUUGAAUGCCCAUUUUGUAGAUUAUUGUCUAAAGACAUGUAAGUGACAUUAUGUGGAAAUUAUUGGUUCAAAAGAGUUGCACUGAUUCGGAUAA